AUGGAGGGCGCAGGGCCCCAGGGGGCUGGGCCGGCGCGGCGCUGGGGACCCGGGGGGUCGCGGCCGCUGCUGCUGCUGCUGCUGCUCUGGCUGCUGCCCGGGCCUGCGGCGUCGCAGGAGCUGAACCCGCGAGGCCGCAACGUGUGCCGCGCGCUCGGCUCCCAGGUGCCCACGUGCUGCGCAGGCUGGAGGCAGCAAGGGGACGAGUGUGGGAUCGCGGUGUGUGAAGGCAACUCUACGUGCUCGGAGAACGAGGUGUGCGUGCGGCCCGGCGAGUGCCGCUGCCGCCACGGCUACUUCGGUGCCAACUGCGAUACUAAGUGCCCGCGCCAGUUCUGGGGUCCCGACUGCAAGGAGUUGUGUAGCUGCCACCCACAUGGGCAAUGCGAGGACGUGACGGGCCAGUGUACUUGUCACGCACGGCGCUGGGGAGCGCGCUGCGAGCACGCGUGCCAGUGCCAGCACGGCUCAUGCCACCCGCGGAGCGGCGCGUGCCGCUGCGAGCCGGGCUGGUGGGGCGCGCAGUGCGCCAGCGCGUGCUACUGCAGCGCCACGUCGCGCUGCGACCCACAGACUGGCGCCUGCCUGUGCCAUGCAGGAUGGUGGGGUCGCAGCUGCAACAAUCAGUGCGCUUGCAACUCGUCGCCCUGCGAGCAGCAGAGCGGCCGUUGCCAGUGCCGUGAGCGCACGUUUGGUGCGCGGUGCGAUCGCUACUGCCAGUGCUUCCGUGGCCGCUGCCACCCGGUGGACGGCACGUGCGCCUGCGAGCCGGGCUACCGCGGCAAAUACUGUCGCGAGCCGUGCCCCGCUGGCUUCUACGGACUGGGCUGUCGCCGCCGGUGCGGCCAGUGUAAGGGCCAGCAGCCAUGUACGGUGGCUGAAGGCCGCUGCCUGACGUGCGAGCCCGGUUGGAACGGAACCAAGUGCGACCAGCCGUGCGCCACCGGUUUCUAUGGCGAGGGCUGCAGCCACCGCUGCCCGCCGUGCCGCGACGGACAUGCCUGCAACCAUGUCACUGGCAAGUGUACGCGCUGCAAUGCGGGCUGGAUCGGCGACCGGUGCGAGACCAAGUGCAGCAAUGGAACUUAUGGCGAGGACUGCGCCUUCGUGUGUGCGGACUGUGGCAGCGGCCACUGCGACUUCCAGUCGGGGCGCUGCCUGUGCAGCCCCGGUGUGCACGGGCCCCAUUGUAACGUGACGUGCCCGCCCGGUCUCCAUGGCGUGGACUGUGCUCAGGCCUGCAGCUGUCACGAAGACUCGUGCGACCCGAUCACUGGUGCCUGCCGCCUGGAGACCAACCAGCGCAAGGGAGUUAUGGGUGCGGGCGCGCUGCUUGCCCUGCUCCUAGGCCUGCUGCUCUCGCUGCUCGGCUGCUGCUGCGCUUGCCGCAGCAAGGACCCCACACGCCGGGAGCUGUCUCUCGGGAGGAAGAAGGCGCCGCAGAGACUGUGCGGGCGCUUCAGUCGCAUCAGCAUGAAAUUGCCCCGGAUCCCGCUCCGCAGGCAGAAAUUGCCCAAAGUCGUAGUGGCCCAUCACGACCUGGAUAACACACUCAACUGCAGCUUCCUGGAGCCGCCCUCAGGGCUGGAGCAGCCCUCACCAUCCUGGUCAUCCCGGGCUUCCUUCUCCUCCUUUGACACCACUGAUGAAGGCCCCGUGUACUGUGUACCACAUGAGGAGGCAGCUGCGGAGAGCCGGGACCAGGAGGCCCCCGCGGUUCCUGCCGAGGCGCCAGCGCGGUACCCUGCGCCCUUGACCACACUGGCGUCCUCCGAGGAGGCGACGCCCCUCCGCGCGUCCUCCGACAGCGAGCGGUCGGCGUCAAGCGUGGAGGGACCUGGUGGGGCUCUGUAUGCACGAGUGGCCCGGCGCGAGGCCCGGCCGGCCCGGGCCCGGGGAGAAGCUGGAGGCCUGUCGUUGUCGCCAUCGCCUGAGCGCAAGAAGCCGCCGCCUCCUGACCCGGCCACCAAGCCCAAGGUGUCCUGGAUCCACGGCAAGCACGGAGCCGCCGCCGCUGCCCGAGCGCCCUCACCACCUCCUCCAGGCCCCGAGGCCGCGCCCAGCCCCAGCAAGAGGAAACGGACGCCCAGCGACAUAUCAGCACGGCCAGAUGAGCCUGCAAGCCCCCAAACCCGCGACCUGUCGCCGCGGCCCCCAGGGCUGGCCGAGGAGGGGACGGCCCUUGCCGCGCCCUCGCCUCCCCGGGCCCGAACGCGGGGCCGCGGCCCCGGCCUCUUGGAACCCACGGACGCCGGCGGUCCCCCACGCAGCGCGCCGGAAGCUGCCUCCAUGCUGGCCGCGGAGCUGCGCGGCAAGACUCGCAGCCUUGGCCGCGCCGAGGGGCUCCUGGGCGCGCAGGGCCCCCGGGAGAAGCCGGCGCCUCCGCAAAAGGCCAAGCGCUCAGUGCCACCAGCCUCGCCGGCCCGCGCGCCCUCUGUGCCCGAGGUCUCAGGACCUGAGAAGGCAGUGACCGGUACGCCCGCGCCCGACACUCCCCGGAAGAAGACUCCCAUCCAGAAGCCGCCGCGGAAGAAGAGCCGGGAGGCGGCGGGCGAACUGGGUAGGGCGAGCGCACCCACCCUGUAGCAGGCAGCGGCCUGACCGCGCCUGCAGCUCCCCAGGCUUCACAGCACCGCUUGUCGCCCCGCGCUCGGCGCCUUCAGGGCGGCCUGGGCACGGCGGUCUCCCAUUGACGGCCUGGCGGGGCUGCGUCUCACUGGCUCAGGCCUCGCAGCCUCUGCUUGGUUGGAUCUGCGCGCUCUGGUGGGAAGGCUGCCUCGGUGGGUCUAGGCCUGACAGGCGCUUAGCUGGCGACUCCCUACUCCCAAUUGGCCGAGUUAUAUCCGCGUCUCACUGGCCAAGGACUGGAGGUUCGCCAAGAGACCACCGCUUAUGGCCACGCGUGCACUUGGUUGGGGCUACGUUUUCACUGGCUGAGGUCAGGAGCUCUUCUGCCCCGGCUGCUUCUCAUUGGCCAGGGCCUGGCACCUCUGGCCAGAGGCACCUUCCUCGGCUGUUGCGGAUAACCCGAAGCUCCCGUCCACCGGCCGGGCUCCAGGGCAUCUGGUUGACCAGAGCCUGGGGAGGAGGGCUGGUCUCUGCUCCUUGGGGGCUCGGUCCACCCCACACCUUCCCUUCCCUGGCACCCUCAGCCAGGCCCUCAGCUGUCGAGCUGGUUUUGAUGGCCUCUCACCGCCCUGCGCUCCGUGGGGACCCCAGGGGCGACUUCUGUGGCCUGUGGAGAUGUAUUUAUAGGCCCCCCAGCAGGGCUGCUCCCGCCCCUCCUGGUGCCCCAGGAUGGGCUCCUCCCAGCAGGGGCUUGGCCAAGCUUUCUUAAUAAAAUGCCUUCCCCCCG